CGGCCCCUUGCACAGCUCCCUAGCGGCGUAGAGACACUCUCCUGGCCACAGCAGCACCAGCACGCGGUCGUACCCCUUCUCUCCAUUGACCCCCCUACAGGAACGACAACGUACAGAAUGCCUCCAGAAGGUCUCAUUCUGAAACACACAAGUUUCUCCUUGAAAUCGGCAUUCUCGAUCAUCCUCACGUUCUUCGCAUGCUCCUACCUGCUCUACUCGUGGAAGGGCUACCUGGAGCUGAAGGGGAACUCCCUAGGGGACCCCACAGAAAGAGAACGGGAGCUCUACCGACCCGUUCUCACGGAGUUCCCGCACGAGGAGGUGUCAUACAUAGACCUGAAGCAGGACGUGCAGGCGACUGCCUAUGGCUGGCAGAACAACGAACGUGUUCUCUUCCUCGUGCCCUUGAGAGACGCGGCAGCACAUCUGCCAAUGUUCUUCAGCCACAUGUCAAACAUGACUUACCCCCACGGCCUAAUCGACUUGGCUUUCCUGGUAUCCGACUCCAAGGACAAGACCUUGGAGGUGUUAAACGAGUCUUUGAAGGCCAUCCAGGAAAGCUCCAACCCGGACAUGCCCUUCGGAGAGAUCGAGAUCUUCGAGAAGGACUUUGGCCAGGCCGUGGGCCAGGGUUUUAGCGAUAGACACGGCUUUGAGGCACAGGGACCUCGCCGCAAAAACAUGGCCAAGGCCAGAAACUGGUUGACAGCCGUCAGCUUGAAGCCACACCACUCCUGGGUGUAUUGGAGAGACGUGGACGUGGAAACCAUUCCGCCUACCAUCAUUGAAGACCUCAUGUCCCAUGAUAAAGAUGUAAUUGUGCCAAACGUGUGGAGACCGCUACCCGACUGGCUUGGCCAACAACAGCCUUACGAUUUGAAUUCGUGGCAAGAAAGUGACGGCGGUCUCCAGCUUGCAGAGUCCUUGGAUGAAGACGCGGUCAUAGUUGAAGGUUAUCCAGCGUUCGCCACGUGGAGACCCCAUCUCGCAUACCUCAGAGAUCCAUACGGUGACCCUAGAACAGAGCUUCAGCUGGACGGAAUAGGAGGCGUCUCUAUCUUAGCUAAAGCCUCCGUGUUCAGGAAGGGAGCUCACUUCCCUGCUUUCUCAUUUGAAAAACAUGCAGAAACCGAAGGCUUGGGCAAGAUGUGCAAAAAGAUGGGUCUCGAGGUUGUUGGACUUCCUCACUAUGUCAUCUGGCACAUAUACGAGCCUUCGGAUGAUGACUUGAGACACAUGGAAUGGAUGGCACAGGAAGAGGUUAGAAAGGAGAAGGAAGGUGAGGUCAGAGAAAUCUACGACAAAAACUUUAAGGUGGGUUUCGAACUCAUUGGCGAUGUUUGGGAAAACGAAAAGAAACGGAUCUUGAAAAACUCCGAUCCUUUCGAACUACAAAGACCUGUCUUUGUCGAUUGGUCGGAGUAAUCCUUACUCUCUUUAUUUUCUGUUCAUAUCAAAUCUGCCAGCCUUGACAGUUCUUGGCCUUUUUUUACUUGGCCAUCGUCAGGGCUAUCGCCUCAGCACAGUAAGAGGGACGGGGCAUGGUGCAUUUCGCCAAAGAGGGAUAUCUCCCCUUUUUCUCACAUCCAACAUUUUGAAACUCAUAUCGUAUAUAUUAGCGUACCG